GCCCAACUGGUUCACAAUGAAUUCUUGGAGAAAGAGUUUACUGAAAAAAGAAGACAAUUGAAAUUUGAUGGUCGUCUAGAUAAAGAGCUUGCUGAAUCUUAUGGUUUUCUUUUGGUUGAUGAAAGCCAGGUGAAUAAUAUAUGUGAGAGAGGAUUACUUGUGGGACAUUCAAGGCUUACUACACUUGGAAAACCCUCUAUGGGGGUGUACUUAUCCAAGUUUGCUGACUUACUGCAGACCAACCCUUUGGAGGCUGGUGCAACAGGCACGGUUUUCAUAUUUAAAGUUACCAAGGGAAAAAUGAAAUUUGUGUAUGAUAACUUUAGAAGUAACCAGGAUGCACAUCUUGGUAAUGGUAGUUUGGAUCCUGCUCCGAAGCAUGAAUGCCACAUCUUAAAGAACAUGAAUGCUGUCAUUUCGCUCCUGAGUUACAGGGCAUUUGAACGCACGCAGUAUUACUUCUAUGAGUACGGCUUUGAUGAGAUUCUCAAGAGACCUCGACAUGUGUGUCCAUAUGCGGUUGUGUCAUUUAGUUAUAAGACUGAACAGCCUGCGCCAAGGCCGUCGUUGUCACCUUUGUCACCUAUGCCAGGGCCGGUAACCUUCAGCUCAGAUCGAUACAAUGCAGACCGAAAUGGUUUUAUAUUGUGGAGAGGACAACUAUUAUGUAAUGGAAAACUCUUGUGCUUUGCUUCUCUGAAAUCAACGAAUGGCAUUUUUUUGCCAUACAAAUUACCAGAGAAGCUCGAUUUGGAAAUCCUAAUGCGGCUGGAGCAGAUUAAAAAGCGGAUUCCAUCAUUACUGUUCUACAAAGAAACUCAUAAGCAGCACAAAGAAGUGAUGAAGGGUGGUAUAUAUAGUCGUCUCUGUGAGGUGUGUGACAAGACGAGAACUGGGAAUGAUUUCCAAAGACUGUUGCAAAAGCUGGAGAAAGAAAAACUGGCUUUGGUUAAACCACUACCAGACAGAGGAUUCCUGUUCUUCUAUUUUCCAACACCCAUGGGAUCUAUGUAUGGUUCUCAAAGUAAAAAACCUUACCCUCUGCACGCUCUCUUCAUCUACCAGCAGUCCAGAGAAACUUUACAGCCUGGAUCACGCUCUAAAGUCCGACCCACUUCCAUCCCAGAAAGCAAUGAAAUUAUGCCUGAGUUCUUGACCUUUCUUGGAGGUUUACACUAUGCCAUCAAUAAGGCUCAGUCAGACACUUCUGACAACUUUAACACUGUCGUGGAGAAACAUGCGCACUUGUAUUUGAAAAGACGAGAAGAAGGAUCUUACAAGCAUAAAGAUUAUAAACUUAGAAACUAUGAGCAGGGUUGCGAUGAUAAGAAAACCUUGUUUGUAGCGCCAAGAGAUAAGAGUGGGAUACUUCGAAUUGUCGAGAGCUAUCUGAAAGGAUCAGAUGCAUAUACAUUGCUAGUAAAACGUGCAAAGGAACUGAUCAUGGAGAAUAGAAAGGUUCAGCAGUUCAGUCCCAUCUCUGACUAUGAACCCAUGGAGGAUGAUCAUGAUAAUGGAACAAGCAUAAGCCGAGCAACUGGGCGUGAAAUACUUCCUGAUAAUUCAUAUUAUGAUCUAGACAAAGUGAAUUCCUUAUUAAAUCUAAUUCAGACUAGGAAAAAGGGGAAUCUGGAAACAGAUGAUGUUCCAAACAGUGGAGUGAAAAGAAAGCUGGAAACCAGUCCAGAGGCACAAUGGAAGCAUCCAAAAUAUGAAGACUACAUGCAUCAGAACAGUCAAGAUCCAGAGGAAUCAGCACAUUCUUUAAUAUCUGCUCUUGGUGGACAGGAUACAGAUCUGAGACAAGAGAAUGAAGAGGAAGUGACAUCAGAACAACUGUUGGCUGAUGCAGAGUAUUGUAAAGGGUUAUUUGAAAAACUGUCGAAUUCUGGCCUGUUGGACCCACAGAAUUUGUUGCCUGUUUCAAACGGCAGUAAGUGCUGAGACUUCAGACGUGAACUUUGUGGGAUUGGCUAGUGAUGCUCCUACUCCUGUAGAAUCUGUUGGCACUGCCUCCGACGUUGGUACACAUUAUGUUGAAAGCACUUAUGUGGAAUCCCAAAGUGGGAAUGUUCCAGAGAGUGUUGCAGUACCUGCUGCUCCCCUUGCAGACAAUGCCCUGGUACAAAACAUAGAUGAUGGAAGUGAUCCACUGCCAGUUGAGGAGAUGAUUCAGGGGCCAUAUUCAGGAUAUGCCAGUCCUUGUCCCAGCACCCCUACUGAAGAAAUCUAUCAGCAGCAAAACUCUAAUUCCAGCAAUGUGGAGACUGAAAUGAACUGGAAAUUAAUUCCAAUUACAGGAGAGGAAGAAAAUGUUCCUGAGGAUCAUGUUGGAUUUCUUAGAGAUGAAAACCAACAAGGCCUAAGUCUGACAGAAGAACAAUCGGUAUACUCACCUUUGAGGGAUAGUUUUCCAGAUGAUCCACGAGUGCAUAACACCAAGAGGAAAGAAUGUGGUUACUCCCCACUUGCUGAGUACCAAAAAGGAAGGAGACGGUCUUCUCAGAAUGAAAGAGCAGCUUACAGUGAUCACACCACCAGGAAAGGGCAUUGCUUUCUUAAAACAAAGCAUUGCCAGAACGGAGUGAUUGAGAAGACUGUGCAGGAAAUCUACAGCAGUUUCUCUGAGCGUCUGCAGGAAGUGUUGCGUGAAAAGGACAUUUCAUAUACUGCUGUCGCUGCACCUGUUCUGUCCUCAGAAGAAAGAAAUGUCAGACUUUCUGACUGGCUGUAUGCACACACCUCUGGUAUACCUGUACAACAGUAUAUAGAUGAACUACGUGUUAAACUUGACAGUGUGGUAAAUUCCUAUUUAAGCUGUCCAGAGACAGGCAUGCCUGUCAAUAUAGGGACUGAAGUGAAGGAAUCCAUUGAUUCCUUGCAUCAUGGUCAACAGAAAAACAGUUUAAAUGAUCACGCACAUCAUUCGAAAGACACUGGUCACAUAUUGGAACCUUUACAAAGUUCUGAAUUAAUUCUUAAUGGCUCUGUGGAAGGGAAGCGUCAGAGCAGUGAACAGGAGGUUACGCUGGAUGAAAAUCCUGUUCCUUUGUCAGAGCUGGUGCCUCAUAGCUCCCAGGAUGCUGAGAUACAGAAUCAGGAGAAAAUGACACCUACUACGCCAGACAUUACUGCCUCAAGCACAGCACUAGCCCAUCUAAUAAAUCAAAUGAAUCCAGAGGUAUUCAGCAACCUGGUGAAGAUUUUCACCCAUGUCAACAAGAAUAUUGUUAAAUUCUAUAUUCACACAGAACAAGAGGAAAAUUCAGUAUGCCAGGAAAUAAAGAACUAUUUGUUAAAGCUUGGAAAUGUACAGUGCAGUCCGGAUCAGAUUGUAAACUGCAGUGAGAGCUCUGAUAAGCUACUUAUAAUCAUCCAGAAUGAAGAUAUUGCCAGCAGUAUUCAUAAGAUCCCAUCAUUGAUAACACUGAAGAAGCAGUCGUGUGUCAGUUUUGCAGGUGUUGACAGCUUGGACGAUUUAAAAAACCACACAUAUAACGAAUUGUUUGUAUCUGGAGGAUUUAUUGUAUCUGAUGAUACAGUGCUGAAUCCCAAUAACAUUACUGAGGAUGUACUGAAAAAAUUUUUGGUGUUUCUGGAGCAAAUUGACAGUCCUGAUGGAAAAUGGCAAUGGAAAAUCCACUGCAAAUUUCAGAAGAAACUGAAGGAAUUGGGAAGGAUAAACAAAACUGCAUUGAAUAUAUUGACACUGUUGAACAGCUAUCAAAAGAAACAUCUGGUGGAGAUCCUUGCUUAUCAUAUGUGCGAUUCUCAGACCAGACAAGCUCCUGAGCUGGACUGUUUGAUCAGGCUUCAGGUUCAGAACAUACAGCAGAGGCAUCUAAUAUUUCUGACUGAAAAGGAUAAAUCAUUGUUUUCCAGUCAUGCUGAAAAUGGAAUUCUAGUGACAAGCAUGGACGAGUUCAUUAAUAAUUUUACAGAACUUGUUGGUCACCAUAACUCCAGCAAUGAAGAGCAUUGUUUAUCUCAGUUAGUAAAUCAAGAGAACCAGAAAGCUGUCAGUGAAGCUGAUCUGAAGGAGGAAGAAGACAUGUCUUUAGAUUCAGAGGACGAGAUGCCACAGAUUGAAGUAUGCACAAACGUGACCCAAGAUCCUCAAAUAGACUGUACUACGAACAAGUCAGAGGCUGUAAAUGAUUCUCAAACCGAGAAGUCGAAAAAGACUCCUAUCUUUGACCCAGAGUUCAUGCAACCUGUAACUCCAGUGUCCACAGCUGGCUCUACCGUGGGUGAUAAUGGCAACACAGUGGAGGAUUCUUCCAGUAAUUUUAAUGACUAUGAUAGCAGGUCUUUGGGCAUUUCCCAUUUCAACCUGUUAACGCAUCAAACAUUUCUGGGAUCAAUGGUAUACCGUAACCAAACCCCUGGGGAAAACCUUUUCAUCAGUUCCUACAGCCAGUCGGAUCAAGAGACCUCAUCUGGCUCUGAGUGGGAUCAAAAGUGGAAUGUAAAAUAA